AACAUGUGUUCAAAUAUUUGCCUUCAACUUAAAAGCUGUCUGCAUGUUUGAAAAUCAUUAAUUAAUGCACUCAAUCAAGAAAUUACACCCAAUUUAAGACACAGGAUACGUUUGCAUGUUUAAAUACCCUUCUUUCUCUCAUACCUUCAAAUCAAACUGCAACACAUCGGAGAUAUCUACCAUUCCUAACUCCAGGGCUAAUUUCAAUGGCCCAUGCUCACUGUUCUCAGCCAGACAUUACAAAAAUAAACGUAGAAUGCCACAAGUGUCAAGAGAAGCUGAGGAGAUUUCUGUCAAAAUUUCAGGGAACCUAUUCUGUUAAGUUCGAUGCGGAAUCAGGAAGACUAACAGUUGAAUCUACAGCAGACAAGCAAGUGUUCAAAGAGGCAGUUGGGCUUGUGUGUGAGGAUACUCUGCCACAACCCCAUCUGCACAAUGCCAUGCAACACAAUGCCAGCAGAAGCCACAUUUCCGAUGUAGCAGCAGCAGGCAAUGGUUAUGGAGGAGCACAAGAGGGGCUUGAGAUUAUAAGAUGGGCUCAAAUGGCAGAGCUCCAAAAAUUGCCUAACUUCCACAAGCUAAGGAGGCUGGAACUUACCCAGUCUGGGGUCAACAGAAGAAUCAAGCUUACCUUCUUCAAUGACCACAAAAUGGAUGGUCAGGAUCAACAGAUUCAUAUAGUCAAGGAUGAUGGGCCUCAUGUUGGAGGAAGCUGCAGCAAUGUUAAUAAUAUUGGGCCCUCUGCAAAUACGGCAAUGCCCAAAAACAAAACUUGUUGCACAAGCAACCAUGGAGAUCAUCAAGGUGGUGAAGGAAGCAGUUCCACGAGUACUUCUGACGGUGGUAGCAACCAUAACUUUGAAUUUCAAUAUGUUCAUACUUCUGAUGGGGUACCGACGGCAGCUGCGGGCAAUAAUAUUGGUUCACACACAUAUUUGAUUCCAAACUUCCGUGAGCCCGCCGUGACCGUCAAACAUGCGGCGGUCGGAUGUGAGGAUGUGAUCGCAAGCAAAUGCACCAUCUUGUGAUCAUCCCCAAGAUCUCCAUUGCCAAUUUCCAUGACUGAUCGAUUUUUCUAUAUAUGCUUCUCAUUAGCUAUUGAACUUCUACAAUAAAAUACCAAUCAAGUUGUUUCUGCUAUAAGACUAGUUAGCUAGCUACU